AUGACUGGACUUGUGAAACCAACAUCAGGCGCAGCGUUUGUCCAAGGUUUGGAUAUAUGCAAAGAAAUGGACAAAGUAUACACUAGCAUGGGUGUAUGCCCACAACACGAUUUGCUCUGGGAAACACUGACCGGAAGAGAACAUCUGCUCUUUUAUGGAAGACUUAAGAAUCUUAAAGGCUUUGAUCUUAAUCAAGCUGUAGAUGAGUCUCUUCAGAAUGUUAACCUUUUUAAAGGAGAAUUUGCGAAUAAACUUGCUGGGAAAUACAGUGGAGGUAUGAAAAGACGGUUAAGUGUAGCCAUUUCACUUAUCGGGAAUCCUAAGGUGGUUUAUAUGGAUGAGCCGAGCACAGGACUCGAUCCAGCGUCAAGAAUGAACCUAUGGACGGUCAUCAGACGUGCUAAAAGACACAUUGCGAUAAUUCUCACAACUCAUUCAAUGGAGGAAGCAGAGUUUCUAUGUGACCGAUUGGGGAUUUUUGUAGAUGGAAGGUUAAAGUGCAUAGGGAAUCCAAAAGAGCUAAAGGGAAGGUAUGGUGGAUCUUAUGUGUUUACGAUGACAACCUCAUCAGAACAUGAGCAAGAUGUGGAAAUGUUGGUUCAAGAUUUUUCUCCAAAUGCCAAGAAGAUUUAUCAUAUUGGAGGGACACAAAAAUUUGAGAUCCCAAAAGAACAAGUUCGGAUCUCGGAAGUGUUUCAACUGGUGGAGAAGGCAAAGAGCAGUUUCAAAGUGUUAGCUUGGGGACUUGCGGAAACAAGUCUUGAAGAUGUUUUCAUUAAGGUUGCUGGAAGUGCUCAAGGAUUUUAA